GUCGUUUCGUCUGAGACAGGCUUCACCAGCCGCCAAGCCAGCCGCAUUGUCGCGGAAAUGCGAGCGGCGCGCCGGGCUGCCGCGCUUUCCGCGCGAGAACGGCGUAUCCCUUCUCGCGCCGGGUCGCGCGCGCGAGGAGCAGGAGCCAUGUUGCCCACGAAACGGAAACCGGUUUCCAAGAAACGGAAACUGGGAGCCAUGAGAAGCGAUUUAGGCCUUCCCUUUGGCCAUCUCGUGUCUGCGUUUUGAGAGCUCGUUCGGAUAUCACCGCCGGAUACAGCUUUCUUGCUCCUGCUAUAGCGCUCUCCUCCCCCGUUUCCCUGCUCGUCUGCCCUUCGUCGCUCUCACUCACGCGCGCACCACAUCAAGUCUCAAUCGCGUCUAACGUCGUACUAUCGUUCGCCAUCGCCGAUACUAUCGUCAAAGCCUCGGGCACCCGAACAACUUGUUCAGCAUCAAGCCUCCUUAAAGGAGGAAAGCGGCAUCGCUCCGCGCGACAUCUCAUUCUCCUGUCGCCUCACCGAGGAGGAGCGAGUAGCAUUGUAUCAACCGAGGCUCUUCGCGCAUCUGUAUCAACGGGUUGGAUCCUCCUGGCGACACCGCGUGCGACAUUUGAUUCUCCUUUGCCGAGGGGUCACUUCGCGGCAAUGGCAGCAGCAGCAGCAGCAGCAGCAGCAGCGAGCAUGUCGCAUUGCCAUCGUCGUCGCCGGCUCUGCAGUUCCCGCCUGCUGCUUCUCGCGGUGUCGCUGGUCAUGCUGGCACUGGCAGGCGUGACCACCGCUGUCCGCCUGCCUACAAGUAGCGGCUCUUGCUUUGAUGUCACGCCGAAUGGCCCAUGUGGCACGUGGGAUGGUUUCUUUGGGGAGUGCACGGAGACAGCCACAGGGUACAAAUGCACGUGUGAACCUACAGGCAUGGUGGCCGACCCCUUCAACAAUGGUUCUCAGACUUGCGUUGCUGACCCCUGCAAGACGAAUGGAGCCGGUCUGACAUACGACCGCUGCGGCCAGAACGGCACGUGCACUGUGGUGGGCAAGGGCAACACGUGCACCUGUUCUGGCACCGACCUAUUGUAUAACGAUACGAGGAACUCUCAGAUAUGCUUCGAAGAUCCCUGCAAGGCCAUCGCUCUUUGGCCCUUUGGCCCCUGUGGGAAGAACGGCACAUGCACUGUGGUGGGCAUGGGCAACACGUGCACCUGCAACUCCACUGAAUUCGUUGUCGAAUCCGGCCUGGACGCCACGUCCCCCCAGCAGAUAUGCUACAGCAACCUCUGUCUCUCCGACCCCUGCGGCCCCUACGCCACACGCUGCUUGCCUCUGCCGGGUUAUUAUAACUGCACUUGUGCUGCUGGCGCCCUGCUGGUGGGUACGAGUGCGGAGGAGAACACUCCCUACUGCAAGCCUUCUGGCAACUGCAAUGACGGCACGCGGUACGGCCCCUGUGGCGAUUGGUCUCAUCAGGAGGGGGAGUGCACGGAGACAGCCACAGGAUAUAGCUGCAUCUGUGGACCUAGAGACAUGGCGUUUGAUCCCUUCAACAAUGGCUCGCUGACUUGCAUCGAUGAUCCCUGUAAGCACGACAAUCUGUGCACGAACGGCACGUGCACUGUGGUGGGCACGGGCAACACGUGCACUUGUUCUGGCACCGACCUGGUGUAUAAGUCAUCGAAUACCUCGCAGAUGUGCAUGUCUGCGGAAACGGCUCGAUAUGUUUUACACCCUGAAAAUCUUAUCAGCACCGCCAAGAGUGCAUCCACUGAAUAUUCACUUCGACCUCCGUCGCUUCAGAUGUUUAGCAUUCUCUUCUCCAUCUCGAUGUCAAUCUUCUUCUAGUGAUGUUGGCUUUGUCAAACAUAUAUUUACGGUAUAUGCUACUACAGGAUAGUGCUAAAUUAUAUAUGUUAGAUAUAAUUGUAGGCUUGGCAGGUGUUACCGAAACCUGCUGUAGAGGGUACAACCCCCUUGUAUCCCGCUCUCUUCUAAU